AUGGCAACCGUCCUCCUCAUCCUCGAUGUCCAAAACGGGAUAAUUGACCGCCUCGACAACACAGAGCCCUACCUCGAACGCCUGGCGUCAACUGUCGCUUUUGCACGUAAGGCCAACGUGAAAAUUAUCUACGUUGUCACUGCUUUCCGUCCCGGCUAUCCAGAAAAGAACGUAAACAACAUCUCUAUCUCUUCUGUCGCCGCACGCUGUGAAUAUAUCGAAGGCCAAUCGUCGGUGCAAGUUCACCCAACUAUCUCCCCUGUGGCUGGAGAAGUGAUCCUCACCAAGCGUCGCAUCUCGGCCUUCUUCGCUACGGAACUCGAUAUGCUUUUGCGCUGCGCAGAUGCAAAGUCCCUCGUUGUCACGGGCUUAAUCACCAGUGGAGCUGUGCUGUCGACUGUUCGCCAGGCAAUGGAUAUGGACUACCGUGUUACAGUCUUGGAGGAUUGUUGCAUGGAUCGUGAUGAGGAGCUGCACCGAGUGCUGAUGGAGAAGGUCUUUGCACAUAGGACAGAUGUUGUUUCGGCGAACGAGUGGGUUGAGAAGCUUUCUAUCCAGGAUAGGCGCUAG